AUGGACUCCCCACUUCUUCCCACCCAUCGCAAUCGGUCUCAACCCGGCUUCUCCCAUUCCCACCUCGCUGAAGACCCGUCGCUCCUCGCUGACCUGUCUAUCGAGGAAGACGAUGACUCCUUCCUCCCCUCGUCUCCCAUCCGACCCUCCUCAUCCCGGUCUCAGCUCUAUCCACAGCCUUCGCGGCCUGCUCCCACAUCGAGGUCGGGUAGUGCAUCUAGCUCACAUACCAAUGCCGGCUUCCGGGCUCGUCAGGCGUCUUCAUCGAGGUCGGGGUCUAUCUCGGGCGGAAGCGCUGCUUCGGACGACGAAGAUACGCCGCAGAAACCAGCACCUGGCCGUGCCGGUACGAGAGGCGGAGCGACCUCAAAGCCGAGGUUCUCUCUCUUCGCUCCCCCUCGUCCGCCUUCGGCGGAACCGCCCGUAGAAGAUCACAGCGGAGGCUCGGCAGACGGAGGAGAGCAGGAUGGCGAAGGGGAACGUGAUGACGAGGAGGGGCAAGAAGACGAGGACGAGGAGGUGGGCGAAGAAGGCGAAGAUCAAACGAUACAUGCGGGAGCUGGACCUUCCCGAGCUGCUGCUCGCCCCGUCUCGACAGGGGAAAGGGACGAUAAGCUCCGGGAGAGUCUUUAUGAGCUGAGGCGGAUGAAUGAGGUAUUUGAGGGGUUCUUGGGCGCUCUGGAGGCUGCGAGGGGACAUAACGAAAGACUAGCCGUUCGGGUAAAGCAGACCUCUGCGCUACUCGAUCAGUACACAGCUUUGCUGGGUCAAGCGGAACAUACGCAGAAACUACUGUCAAAUCCGAAUUGGACUGGUGCUGCCGAUGACAAUGCAGCGAUAGAAGCCGAGAGAAUUGCGGCUGAGGAAGCGGAAGAAGCUAGACUCCAGGCGCUGCGCGAUGCGGAAGAGGCAGCUCAGCGGGCGGAGGAGGAGAAGGAGCGAAGAGCUGCCGAGGCGGAGCGUGCCAAGGAGGCAGGGCGGGGAACAGGAACGAGAGGUCGCGGUGGGACUCGCGGAGGAAUACCGAGGGGAAGAGGAUCUGGUAUACCUACGGCCGCGUCAUCACGGACAGGAGCAAAGACGCCUACGACAGGUAUCAGAAGACCAACACCGUCGUAUGGAACGGCAGGGACCGGAGGAUCUGCAGCCGGGACAGGUACAGGUACUGGGAAGUAUGGGCACGUGGCGAGUAGUGGGUAUGGCCCUCCUAGUAGAAAAUGA